UGAAAAAUGCGGAAACACAGCCGUGACGAAGAAAAGGAAGAAGACCCGAGCAACCCCGGCGACCCACAUCAUUCGUCGAAGCGCAUUCGCGUUGAAAAGAAGUCUAUGACCUCUGUUGUACCGAUGGACACCGCGUCGAGCAGCACUCAGCGUCCCGCCCCGAGCGCGAGCGCACACACGACCCAAGCUCGCACGUCACGUCGACUUAAUCUUCUUCUUCCCUCGCGAAAGACGACGACGGCACCACCGACCCAAGUGCACGAAGAGACAGCAGCCCCACCACGUGAUAGCUGGGCUUUGCCCUCCAGCAACAAAGACGACGACGCUGACAACGACAAAGACGAUGAAGAGUCAAUCGCGACCUCCUUUGCAGCUCAAGUUCAAGCUGAACUUCCGCCGCCACUUCCCAAAAUGCCGGAUGCAUCUGGCCGUGAUUCCGAUUGGUUUGUGCAGAAACUGCCCUUUGUCAAUCGUCACGAGAGCUUGACAGCAGUGGUGUCACGACUUGCUUCCAAAUCCAACACCCGUAAAGGCAUCCUGCUCUCUCUACCUCAAAUGUUCGGCUCGGGCAAGACCAGCUUUGUGGAACACAUCGGCAAUGGGCGCAAUCCCCACGCUGCGGAAAUCCUCGAAUCGGCAAGGGAAGGUGCCAAGCCGCUGUACGAGUCCGUCCUCAACGCGCGCUACAUCCUCAUCGACAUGACCCACUUCAACCGCCUGAGUGAGAUGUACGCUGAUUGCCUGGAAGCGAUAUUUUUGAACACCUGCUCCACGCUCGGCCUGCCACCGCUCGCAGUGCCGCGAGGACCCCUUCUUGACUUAGUGAUCGAGACUCUUCAAAAGCAUGCCGGUGUCCCUUUGCUCCUCCACUUUGACGAGAUGGGCGCCAUCGAGAAUGCCAAGUUCGAUCCGUGGUUCCCUGGUCCUGAGUACCGCUGUUCCAGCCAGCCGAACGUGUUCGCGCCUGACACUGGUGCCUUGCGUCGUCACUACACGUUUUGGUCGGAUUUCCUUGCACCGCUACUCAACCUCGACAAUGUGUACAUUGUGUGCUCCGGCAAGUCAGUCGCAUUCAAUCUCAUUCGCUUCGGGCUUCUCAGGCCUUCAAACGACGCACCUGUGGUCCCUGUUGCGGUCGUGCAGUCAGCGGUCAUGCAUUCACCGUCAGAAUUGCAAUCAAUCAUCCUGCCACCGCUUGGCAGCAACCACAUUGAGGAGAUUCUGACCCGCCACCAUCCGCGUUCGAGCUCCCCAACGCUGCUGGUGGAUGCCCUCGGUCUGGGCGGCGACGAGCACCGCUCGCAACGCCUUGCCUUCACCGAACGCGUUCACGCCCUCACCGCUGGCGUCCCACGUCUGGUUGCUUUCGCGCUGCAAGUGCUCUGGACUAGUGGCAUCGACUUUGGCGCCAUGACAUCCGACCAGAUCCGGGCUUACUUUGCCCUUCGGACCACGCACGCGUCGAUUACCCAGGUCUUCCUCCAACACUCCCUUGAGCUGACCGACACGAUCAGCCGCCCGCACGAUCCACUGUAUCUGGCGAGCGCCAACAUCGUCCGUCGGGCGCUCGCAGGCGACGAGUUUGAUCCCAGGUCGACAAUCAGUGUUUCGGUUCCAGGAAGACGCGAGUCUGUCCAAGUUCCAGCUCUACUCCUGUUGGACAGACUUUUCUGCUACACCAAACCCGUGGGAUCCGGUCAACUUCAAGUCAUUGUGCCGCAAAUUGCUGGCAGCCAGAAGGAACUGGCGCUCGCGAGCUUGGUCAUCGAAUUCGCAGGCCCCGUCGUCACGUCACAAACACUCGAGGGGCUGGCGGUGUGGGCCAUCUUUGCUGCGCUCCACCGAGCCGCACUCGGCGAUGCCAGCAGAGGCUGGCUGCUGGCGCAAUCGAAAGACGUGCUUCCUCAAGCAGUACUCAACUCUACUGUCGUGCAGCAUAUUCUCCGAGCGUCUGCGCCUCACCAAGGCAUUGGCUUUGACGAGAGCACGCUUCACACGCAUGCCGGCUCGUUCACCGUCUCCGUUGGCAAGGUGAACAGCUCGAAGCGACGUGGCAUCGAUGCGGAUGCACUUCCGGGCCUCUUGGUGGCACAACUCGUGGAACUGCGCAAGGCAAUUCCGACUGGGCCUAUUGCGGUUGUCGAGUGGAUGGGCAAAGCGUCCCAUUCGUCUGAUGGACUGAUUGCUGUUUGCACGGCCGCAACCCCGACAGUGCAAGACACUCUUUGGAUUGGCGUUGCCUGCAAGCAUUUCAAUCGGCUCAAUGAGGCGCGCACUGGUCCUGUCGUCGUGAAUAGUGACAUUGAGAAGCUGAGUCGCCACUUUGCUCAUCUUGCGGAGAGCGAACGACCGCACCAGCUGCUCAUCACGGUGUUGUCCAGGCCACCAGACUACCUCAAGCCUUUCAUGAACGGCCGGCUGCUUGAAGGUCGGGUCUCAGUUCCGGCGCCAAGGAAGAAGACGGAAGUCAUCGCUAUUCCUGCAAAAAUGCAAGUGGCAAUGUGGGAUCUCGAUACUCUGAACAGUGUUGUCGAUCCCUCUCGCAAGCUUACUUUUUCGGAUGAGGCAUAA